UUACGUUUUUUUGUUUUGUUUUUCUGACAUGGCGUCAGCGAGAGCGGCGCCGGAGCUGCUGGCGCUGCAGCCACGACCAAAUCCACACUCGGAUGUGGAUAACACUGACAUACAGCGGCGCCACAGCACAGAGUUGGGCUACAACGAAUUCUACUGGCGCUACAUGCACGCCAAUUGGCCGGUGAUUAUCACCGAUGUGUCCAACACGUGGGAGUGCCGCAAUUGGGCGCAUAAGGACUGCGAUACCGAUACUGCAAAUGCCAAUACCCGCAACCAAAGCCCCAUCAAUUUCGACUACCUCAGAAGCCGCAUUGACGAUCUCGCCGUACCCGUGGCCGACUGCAAUGCAACCUAUUUCAAUAGCCAUGCCAAGCUGGAGCUGAAGUUCCACGAUUUCCUGGAGCGCUGGCAGCGCAGCAUGGAAGUGGACAAUUCAAAGUUACAGACAACGGAACCCAACUGCAACGUUGCCAAGGAUAAUCUCUACCUCAAAGACUGGCAUCUGGCUGCACAGCUGCCGGCAUAUGAAUUCUACCAAGUGCCCAAGUAUUUCGCCUCCGACUGGCUGAACGAGCAGUUGAUUGAGGAGAAGCGCGACGACUAUCGCUUCGUGUACAUGGGACCCAAGGACUCCUGGACGUCGUUCCACUCGGAUGUCUUCGGCUCCUACAGCUGGUCCACAAACAUUGUGGGCCAUAAGAAGUGGCUCAUACUGCCGCCUGGUGAGGAACUAAAGCUCGCCGAUCGUCUUGGGAAUCUGCCUUUUAGCAUAGACGAACCGCUGCUGGAGCAGCACAACGUGCGCUAUUUCACCAUCAAUCAAACUGCCAACGAGGCUGUCUUUGUGCCCAGCGGCUGGUAUCACCAGGUGUGGAACGUGACGGACACCAUCUCGGUCAAUCACAACUGGUUCAAUGCGUGCAAUGUGCCGCUGGUGUGGCGCAAUCUCCUGAGCAACCUGCAGGCUGUGCACAGAGAGAUCGCCGACUGCCAACAGAUGGACAACUUUGAGGCGCACUGCCAGACCAUGUUGCGGGCCAGCUUUGGCAUUAACUACCUCGAUUUUAUAGAGCUUUUGGAAUUCAUCGCCGAGCGCCGUAAAUCAACGACCAACAACAGCCAAUUACUUUUCCAUAGAUAUCAAAUGAACGCCUAUCACGUGCAAUACGAUCUUGAGUGUGUACGCCAGCUGCUAGAGGAGAUGCGACAGGAGCCGAGCGUGCAGCAGUGCCCGGCCCAGCUGCACGAGCGCUGCGAACGGCUGUGGCAGCAGCUGCAGUAAGCAGCAGGACUAAUAUAUCGAACUGAGAGUGUUCAUAUGGAAGGCCUUGGCAUAUUUUUGUAUACCAAAGUUGUAUUCAUAUACAAAAGUCAAUAGUCAAUAGUAUUUUAUAAUAUCAUAUUAUAUUUGUAACGAAUGUAAAUGUACGAAGUCCAGGUGCGGGCAUUUACUGCCCGUCCGGCCACAUAAACUCGCCCGCCACGGGCUCAGUUCUCAGCCA